UUAAAGCCACUCGUUUUAAUCCUUGGUCUCACACACAUCGAAGAGAUCAGCGAGAUAUGGAGCUCGAUUCCCUCACCGCUAGACGCAGACUCGCCACCGUCGCCGCUCACUUCCCGCUAGCCACCAACGAUCCCGUCUCCACCGCAUCGCUCGUUCCCUUGAACUGUAGCGGUAGUUUGAACUCUGUCAUCAGAAGAUGUGACAACAAACUCUCUUUUGCCCGCCAAGCAUCUUCCGAGCAGGGCUUUUUCAUGAAGCAGGCUUCCCCUGACGAGGCUGGCACUGGAGGCGGCGGCGUCACUUUGAAGAACUCUAUCGUUAGAAGAGGUGACAACAGGCUGUAUUUUGCUCGGCAAGCAUCUUCUGCACAGGGUCUUUUUAUGAGGCAGGCUUCAACUGAUGAGGACGCUGCAUCUACCAAGUGCUCUGCGACCAAAACGAGUGGCUUCCCUUCUUCACAACAACCAUUGCUUUCCAGACCUGAGUACGCCCCACCACAGUUUUCCAAGGCCGCCGCAAAAGAUGAGUUCUUUGUUUGUUCUGAUUCACCAUAUCAGCUAAAGGAAGGCUUGGAAAAGCCAUACAAUCCUGAUCUUCCUAAGUUAGCCAAUCUAGGGACUGUUUGGUCUCCGAGAUCUAAUGUUGCAGAGUACGAAAAUAACUACCUUGUGGCAGUAGAGCUACCAGGGGCUAGUAUCAAUGAUAUAAGAGUUGAGGUCGACAACAUAAACUUGACUGUGACAGGUAGACGCACAUCUGUCUGUCAAAAAGUUGAUGCAUGCACCAAAGGUUCAAUUUUUGGAUAUCACAAGCACGAAAUUCAACAAGGUCCAUUCAAAGUUUCCUGGCCAUUCCCUAGCAAUGUGAACAAGGAUAACGUUGCUGCUGAAUUUAUGGAUGGGAUUCUGAGAGUAGUUAUUCCAAAGAUUUGAGGAUUCAUCGUUCUGGAACCAUAUACAAAACAGUAAAUAAUGUGUAUAAUAUAUGCUGUUUGUGUGGAAGAAGAGAAAGAAAAACAAUAAUUGAUGAAAGAUAUGUAAAAUAGUUUGGUCUUUUAUUUAUCAUAGAUUGCAGACAGGCAUGCUCAGUUGACGGAGUAAGCCAUGUAAACAAUCCAUUAAUAUAAGAACAAAUAAAGCUUGAUUACUAA